AUGGGUGUCCCGGCGUUCUACCGGUGGCUGGCGGAGAAGUACCCGAUGGUGGUGGUGGACGUAGUGGAGGAGGAGCCCGUAGAGAUCGAGGGCGUCAAGGUUCCCGUCGACACCUCUAAGCCCAACCCCAACGGCCUCGAGUUCGACAACCUCUACCUCGAUAUGAACGGAAUCAUACACCCCUGCUUCCACCCGGAGGACAGGCCCUCCCCAACAACAUUUGGUGAGGUUUUCCAGUGCAUGUUUGAUUAUAUCGACAGACUAUUCGUCAUGGUUCGCCCCCGGAAGCUUUUGUACAUGGCCAUUGAUGGUGUUGCUCCUCGUGCUAAGAUGAACCAGCAGCGCUCUAGACGAUUCAGAGCUGCAAAAGAUGCAGCUGAUGCUGCUGCAGAAGAAGAACGGCUACAUGAAGAGUUUGAGAGGGAAGGCAGAAAACUUCCUCCAAAACAGCAAUCACAAACAUGUGAUUCAAAUGUUAUUACUCCAGGGACUGAGUUUAUGGCUGUUUUAUCAGUUGCUUUGCAGUAUUACAUCCAUCUUAGAUUGAAUUAUGAUCCUGGAUGGAAACAAAUUAAAGUUAUUUUGUCUGAUGCCAAUGUUCCUGGUGAAGGGGAACAUAAAAUCAUGUCAUAUAUUCGCAGCCAACGGAAUCUGUCUGGCUUUAACCCAAAUACGCGCCAUUGCCUGUACGACCUGGACGCAGAUCUGAUCAUGCUAGCUUUGGCGACACAUGAAGUACAUUUCUCAAUACUGAGAGAGGUAGUUUAUACACCUGGACAGCAGGAUAAAUGCUUCUUGUGUGGUCAGGUGGGACAUCUAGCAGCAAACUGUGAAGGAAAGGUGAAAAGAAAAGCUGGGGAGUUUGAUGAGAAGGGUGAUGCUAUUGUUCCCAAGAAGCCUUACCAGGGAGCUAUUAAUUUGCUAAUGGCAGUGUACAAGAAGGAAUUUCCCUCAAUGGGUGGAUAUUUAACUGAUUCUUGCACGCCUGAUCUGAGCAGAGUUGAGCACUUCAUUCAAGCAGUUGGUUCAUAUGAGGAUAAAAUAUUUCAGAAAAGAGCCUGUUUGCAUCAGCGUCAAGCGGAAAGAAUAAAACGGGACAAAGCUCAAGCUAAGCGGGGUGAUGAUCUGGAUCCCCAUGUUAGGGAUGACCUUAUUGUACCUGUUCAACGUUUUCAAGGGUCUCGCCUAGCCUCUGGGGCUGUACCUGUGCCAUAUCAGCAGAAUGGAUCCCAUAGAGACAAUAAAGAAAGGAACAGUCGAGCUCGGAAAGUUGCACGAGUAUCAACGUCAGGUUCCAGCAUUUCUGCAGCCAUAGUUGAACCUGAAAAUGACCUUGAAGCCCAAGAACGUGAAAACAAAGAACUGAAGUCAAUGCUUAAAGAUGCACUUCGCGAGAAAUCAGAUAUUUUUAAUUCUGACAAUCCAGAGGAGGAUAAGGUGAAACUUGGAGAACCAGGAUGGAGGGAAAGGUACUAUGAAGAGAAAUUUGGGGCAAGAACACCUGAGCAGAUUGAAAAAAUACGCAGAGAUGUUGUUCUCAAAUACACUGAAGGAUUGUGUUGGGUAAUGCACUACUACUAUGAAGGGGUCUGCUCAUGGCAAUGGUUCUACCCUUAUCAUUAUGCUCCGUUUGCUUCGGAUUUAAGUGGAUUGGGCCAACUUAAUAUUAAAUUUGAACUUGGGACACCAUUCAAACCUUUCGAUCAACUUAUGGGUGUUUUCCCAGCUGCAAGUGCCCAUGCGCUACCACUACAGUAUCGUCGAUUGAUGACCGAUCCAAAUUCACCAAUAAUUGAUUUUUAUCCUACAGAUUUUGAAGUAGAUAUUGAAUGGGAAGAGAUAUUCUUGGCAAGUUGCCCUUCAAAGAGCACAUUUGGGAUUGCAAAACUACCGUUUAUCGAUGAAGCUCGCUUGUUGGCUGAGAUAAAAAAAGUUGAGCAUACUUUGACAGUAUGUGGAGGAAUGAAUGGCUACAUAACACUUUGCAGUGGGGAUCCAUGCCCUCCUAUCUUCAGGUCUCCUGUGGAUGGGCUGGAGGAUAUUAUGGACAAUCAAGUGAUAUGCUCAAUCUACAAGCUUCCAGAUCAUCAUAAGCACAUAGCCCGUCCGCCAGUUGGUGUUAUCAUACCCAAGAAGACUGUUGAAGCUGGUGAUCUGAAACCACCUCCAGUGCUGUGGCAUGAAGAUAGUGGCCGGCGGCCUCAUGAUAAUAGCAACAGGCAAAACCCACCUGGUGCCAUAUCAGGCCGUCAACUUGGAGAGGCAGCUCACCGACUUGUCAUAAACAGCUUAAAUGCUCAGGGUAGGGGGCAACAUAGUGGCACAUCAAUGCCAUAUCAAACUAUAAUGAAUGGCUUGCACCAUCUGAAUGUAGUGCCCCCUGUCAGCAAUCAAGGCAUGCCUCCACGAGUGGGGCAGUCUGCUGGACCUCCUGGAUGGUAUGUUCCUAGGGGUAGUGUAUCAAAUGGUCAACCACCAGCUUAUGCAUCAUCAGGAUCAGGUCAUUAUCAAUAUGAAAGGUCAGGGCCUUCGCAAUAUGAACAAGGUAACCAUGGAAGGCAACAAUCUCACACAUAUGCAAGAGAUGGUCUUCAUGAUACACGAGGCAGGGUUCCACCUGCAUAUGGGUACCAGCAGAGCAACAUGUAUCCACCGGGUCCUGGAUUGUAUGGGCAACCUCUGUCAGCAUAUCCUGGGGUCCAUGGUGGAGGCUACCAACCCCCUCCAUAUGGCGGAGGCCAGCAGUGGCAGCAACAAUCAUAUAGUUCGUAUGCUGGGCAAGGGCCCUACGGAGGCAGGCCACCACCCACAAGGGCUGAUUCAAGGUGA